AUGAAGUUGAAUCCGGCCAAGUGUGCUUUCAGGGUUACCUCGGGGAAGUUCCUCGAUUUUAUGGUCUUGAAAAGGGGAAUAGAGGCCAAUCCGGCCAAAAUCAAAGCUAUACUAGAAAUGCGACCACCGGGCAUAGUCAAGGACCUACAAGAGCUAACAGGGAGAGUAGCGGCACUCGGGAGGUUUGUCUCGGCUUCUGGAGAUCGUUGCCUCCCCUUCUUUAAGGCAUUGAAAAAUAGAGCUCGGGAGAGACAGGCAACGGGAACUAGGCUAACUUUUGAAUGGACGAAAGAAUGUCAAAUAGCGUUUGCGAAAUUGAAAAAUGAGCGCGGUAUUAAUCCGAGGAAAUGGUCAGGUGCAAAGGCCAAUUUACUAUAUCAGCAAGGUGCUCUUAGAUGCAGAAACCAGGUACAACAAUGUCAAGAAGUAGCUUAUGCUCUGGCUCAGGCACUCGUGGACUUCAUCGUUGAGUGCACUUUACCAGAUGAUGGGGUGGCACUAGAGGAUGGUGCUACGGAGUUAGCGGAAUCUUUGAUUCUAUAUGUGGAUGGCUCAUCCAGCAGCAACGUAUGUGGUGCAGGCCUAAUAUUGACAAGUCUAGGAGGGUUCUUAGUGCAAUACAAGCUAAGAUUUGAGUCCCAAACCACGAAUAAUGGAGUAGAGUAUGUAGCCCUAAUUGUUGGCUUAAAUCUGACAAAGAGUCUAAUGAUAAAGAAAGAGUCUGAUGAUAAAGAACAUCACUGUGCACAACGAUUCUCAGUGCCCCGAGCACAGAAUGCCUCCACCGAUGCACUCUCUAGGCUAGCCACCUGGGAGUCUCAAGACCUAGGCCGAAUGGUCUACAUAGAUGUUUUUGGCGUACCAAGUUUAGAAGAAACCAAGGACAUACUCCCUAUUGAAGUUAAGCCUUGCUGGAUGGACCCCCUCAUAGCCUAUCUCCAAGGGGGCACACUCCCAACAAAUAAAGAAGAAGCCAAAAAGAUAAGGAUGAGAGCAGCACAGUACACAAUGAUCGGAGGAGUACUAUACAAGAAGGAUUACGCCAUGCCCUACUUGAAAUGCCUCAGGCCAUCCGAAGCAGAGUACAUUCUUAGGGAAAUCCAUACAGGCAUUUGCGGACAACACUUGGGGGGCAUAGCAUUGGCUCACAAGGUCAUCAAACAAGGGUAUUUUUGGCCAUAUUUACGAAAGGAAGCAAUGAGUUUUGUAUGCAAAUGCAUUAAAUGCCAAACCUUCGCGCUGAUCACACGUCAAUCGACAACAGAGCUCACUUCCAUCUCUAGUCCAUUACCUUUUGUACAGUGGGGGAUGGACAUUCUGGGUCCAUUCCCAAAGGCGUCGAGAGGUAGACAAUUUGUGGUGGUUACAGUUGAUUACUUCAUCAAAUGGGUGGAGGCAGAGGCAUUGGCAUUAAUCUCAGCUGCGAAGGUGUGGAGGUUCUUCCUCCAUUUCGUUAUAUACAGAUAUGAAAUUUUGAGAACCCUUAUCACGGAUAAUGGAAAGCAAUUUGAGCAAAAGUUUAAGGAAUUCAGUGAUCAGUAUGAGAUUCAACUACGUAACACCUCGGUGGCCCAUCCCCAAUCUAAUGGCUUGGCAGAAGCCAAGAACAAAAUCCUGCUGGAUGGGAUCAAAAAGAAGUUGGAGACAGCCAAAGGAUUCUGGGUUGAGGAGCUGCCGAGCAUUUUAUGGGCAUACCGAACCACUACCAGACUAGCAAUAGGCGAAACACCAUUUAUGUUGACAUAUGGAGCCGAGGCAAUGACCCUGUGGAAAUAG